GAUUUGAGUGAGAGAACUCAGUGUGAGCGACCAAAUAAACAGAGUUCACAAAAAAAAAAAGGAAACAAAAACUUGGGUCAAACAAAAAUGGCGGCCGGGAAAAAGAGAGUCAAGUACUUGAUCGUUGAUGCAUUCGCUGAAUCCGCCUUCAAAGGGAACCCGGCUGCUGUAUGCUUUCUUGACGACGAUAACGAGAGAGACGACUCGUGGCUUCAGUCUCUUGCUACCGAGUUCAACAUCUCCGAGACGUGUUUCCUCACUCCCGUCACCACCGUCUCCGGCGAUGCUUUCCCUCGCUUCCGUCUCCGGUGGUUUACUCCAGUCGCUGAGGUGGAUCUUUGUGGUCAUGCAACGUUAGCAUCUGCUCACGUUCUCUUCUCAACCGGUUUGAUUGAUUCGGAAACAGUUGAGUUCGCCACAAGAUCAGGGAUUCUAACAGCUACUAAACAGCUCAAAGAUGAUGAUGAUGAUGAAGAGGAAUCACCAACCUUCUCCAUCGAAUUGGAUUUCCCUGUUGUCCCAACUUUCCAAGUCAACUACGGUGAUGAUGAUCUCUCUUUGUUCUCCAAAGCCAUGAAUGGGGCUACCAUUGUUGAUGUUAAAGCCACAGAGAAAGACAUCCUCGUUGUGCUUUCAUCUUGGGAGUCAGUCGUUGAGUUGCAGCCAAGACUAGAUGAGAUAUCGAAAUGCCCUUGUGAAGGAAUGAUGGUGACUGCCGCUGCUUCUCCAGGUUCUACAUUUGAUUUCUGUAGCCGCUACUUUGCCCCCAGAUUAGGGGUCAAUGAGGACCCUGUUACUGGAAGUGCGCAUUGUGCCUUGGCACAUUACUGGAGCCUCAAGAUGAACAAAUGUGAUUUCCUGGCCUACCAGGCUUCAAGGAGAGGCGGAACUAUGAAGGUUCAUCUGGACAAAGAGAAACAGAGGGUUCUGCUGAGAGGCAAAGCAAUCACUGUUAUGGAAGGUUGCGUCUUAGUCUGAAUUUGGCUAAAAAUAAAUAAAUCAGUAUCUUUUAUUUUAAUUAAGUACACACAC